CCUAUAAAGUACUUCAAGUUCACCAUUUUUGAAGUGUUGUGGUAAUUUAAUUAAAAAUAAGUUUUAAAUGAAAAUUUGCUUAUGCUUACUUAAUUUUAAAUAAAUUGAAAAUAAUUAACAAUUAUGGCUCGUCAACGAAGAGGUCAAAUUAAUGGUCCAUCUGUUAACAAAUCUGAUAAAAGUCCUAAUAGCAGUAGCAGUAGUAGUAGUGUUUCACCGAAAGAAAGUAACAAGGUGAAUAUUUUAGCAUUUUGGAAACACCUCAUAGGUUUUAUUUGCCUAUCAAUAGCUGUAGGAGUAGGUUACAGAGGCUACUUAGAAACCAGAGUAAAUACACCAUUUGACGAUAGAAAGAUGGUAGUAAGGAGUGGUUUAGAUAUACCAGAAAGAUUUUGGGGAUCCUAUAGACCAGGUGUAUACUUCGGUUUAAAAACUAGAGAUCCAUAUUCACUUGUCACAGGACUGAUGUGGUAUUUUCCUAAACGGUUAAGGCCUGGUGGUGAUGGAAUUAGACAUUGGUGUGAACAAGGAGACAAUUUAGAAAAAUAUGGUUGGUUACAACAUGAUGGCACCAGUUUUGGUAUGCAAGAAAUUGUGGAUGGACCAUUUGUUUUAACAACGUCUUUUAUUAAAAGUCUUGGGGGAUCACAUGGAGGUGAUUGGACUGCUAGAAUUUCAGUUGAUGUAAAGUCAGGGGAAGAACAGUUCAAAGGGGAAGAAGUUUCUUUACUGUGGUAUACUGCUUUAGAUGAAAACACUAAAGGCAGUAUUACUCCAAGUAACAGUGGUAGCAGAUUAACAGGAGUUAAAGGAGAAACUGUGAGCCUGGGUGAAUUUUCAAUAAAAAUGUUUAAUUAUACAGGUGCUGUUGAACAUGAAUCUUAUUUAAGCACUGUAGCACCUGGACUGCACUUGCUUAAAGAAACUGUGAUUUCUUCUCUUCGGUUAGCACAAGAGAACCCUAACUCACCUAAAAAGGUUGUUUUGGCAGGAGAAUUACUUUCUUCUGCUGGAGGAGUAAAGCCACAGCCAAAUUUCAUUGCAACUCAAAUAACUGCCAAAGUUCCGUUUGCUCUUGAUGUGGUAUUUGAGUCAGGGAGUUUUGGUACCAGGCAGAAUACCUUGGUGGGUGAUACAUACACGGACAUGCUACGUUGGCAUACAUCGCGUUUUGCUCAAAGAUUUGACGACACCUUUCAUUUGAAAGAAAAAGGAUAUGGUCCAAAGGAAAUUAAUUUUGCCCAGGCUGCUUUAAGCAACAUGAUUGGAGGCAUUGGGUACUUUUAUGGUAGUUCUAGAGUUAAAAGCACUUACACAAGAGAACCUGUGCCAUAUUGGAGAGCUCCUCUUUAUACUGCUGUACCAUCAAGGAGCUUUUUCCCAAGAGGUUUCCUUUGGGAUGAAGGAUUCCAUGGAUUACUUAUUGCAACUUGGGAUUUAGAUAUAGAACUGGACAUAAUAUGUCACUGGUUCGAUUUAAUGAAUGUAGAAGGCUGGAUACCCAGGGAACAAAUAUUAGGAGUUGAAGCUUUAGCAAAAGUACCAGAAGAGUUUGUUACCCAACGGAACACAAACGCCAAUCCGCCGACAUUUUUCCUUACACUUCAUCAUAUUUUGAAUAAAUACGAAGACCAACUCACUGAAACUCGUUUGAAAAUAUUAGAAAGAUUAUAUCCAAGAUUACAGGCUUGGUUUUCGUGGUUUAACACAACACAACGCGGUUUAGAGCCAGGGACGUACCGGUGGCGAGGCCGCGAUCCAGAUACGAAGCGUGAAUUGAAUCCGAAAACACUUGCUUCCGGUCUCGACGAUUAUCCACGCGCUUCGCAUCCUACUGAACACGAACGUCAUGUAGAUCUUCGCAGUUGGAUAGCCAUUGCGGCCGAUUGCAUGGCCCGACUGGCAUAUAUACUUGAACGCGACGGCUUUAAAUACGAACAAACAGCUGAAUAUUUGAGUGAUAACGAUUUACUAGAUCGAUUGCACUGGUCUGAUUACGCUCAAAUUUACGCAGAUUAUGGUUUGCACACCGAUGCAGUGGCCUUGAAACGUCCUAAACCAACUCCACGUUCCCAAACUCCUCAAAACAUGGAACUCAUUCGAAUAGUAACGAAAAACCCCGAGUAUCGCUUAGUUGAUUCGACUUUUGGUUAUGUAAGUUUGUUUCCGUUUUUGCUUCAAUUACUCGAUCCGAACUCCCCAAAACUGAACAAAACAAUGAACGAUUUAAGAGAUCCAGGACUGUUGUGGUCGAAUUACGGUUUACGCUCAUUGGCAAAAAAUGCCCCAUUGUAUAUGAAACGUAACACAGAACAUGACCCGCCUUAUUGGAGAGGCCAGGUGUGGAUUAAUGUGAAUUUUUUGGCAGUAAGGGCCCUGAACUUUUAUGCUAAGAAAGAGGGUGCGUUUCAAAAUGAAGCAAAGAAAAUUUACGCAGAAUUACGUAAAAAUAUAAUAAAUAACGUUAUUAAACAGUAUUACGGAACCGGAUACGUAUGGGAACAGUACAGCGAUAAGACUGGACAAGGAAGUGGUUGUAGACCAUUUACUGGAUGGUCAGCAUUGACUGUUUUACUUAUGGGAGAGAGUUUUUAAAAUAUGACUAAAUUACUAUAAACUGGAAGGGAAUUAUUGAUUAAAAGUUGUUUCAUAUUAACAAUAAAAGAAUUCGUAAAAUGGA